CGCCCAUUAGCUGGAACAAGAUUUGACUCAUUCCAGGAAGCAGCAGACAGACAGCAAGUCAGUUGCAGGUAUCAACCCCGUCAAGCCGCAGAGCCGCACCUAUCUUGGAUUGAACACCAGCCGUGGUCUAUAGUCUUUCUCUGACGCUGGCAGCAUGGUGCUCAGGAUGGAGAGUGUGCCAAGCGACCUGACUCCUGAGGAGUGUCAAGAACUUGAGAACAUCCGUCAGCGCAAGCAGGAGCUGCUGGCAGACAUACAGCGUCUGAAAGAUGAGAUAGCAGAAGUCACUAAUGAAAUUGAGAAUCUGGGCUCCACAGAAGAGAGGAAAAACAUGCAGAGAAACAAGCAGGUGGCAAUGGGCAGGAAGAAAUUCAACAUGGAUCCUAAGAAGGGAAUUCAGUUCCUUAUAGAGAAUGACCUCUUGAAGAAUACCUGUGAAGACAUUGCCCAAUUCCUCUACAAGGGGGAAGGACUCAACAAGACUGCCAUUGGUGACUACCUGGGUGAAAGAGAUGAGUUCAAUAUCCAAGUAUUACAUUCAUUUGUGGAGCUCCAUGAGUUUACAGAUCUCAACCUUGUACAGGCACUGCGGCAGUUCCUUUGGAGCUUUCGGUUGCCAGGGGAAGCCCAGAAAAUUGACCGGAUGAUGGAAGCAUUUGCACAACGGUAUUGUCAAUGCAACCCUGGUGUGUUCCAGUCAACAGAUACCUGUUAUGUGCUUUCCUUUGCCAUCAUCAUGCUGAACACCAGUUUGCAUAAUCCCAAUGUGAAGGACAAGCCAACUGUGGAGCGCUUCAUUGCUAUGAACCGUGGCAUCAAUGAUGGUGGGGACCUGCCUGAGGAAUUACUCAGGAAUCUCUAUGAGAGCAUAAAAAAUGAGCCCUUCAAAAUACCUGAGGAUGAUGGCAAUGACUUGACGCAUACCUUCUUUAAUCCGGACCGGGAAGGCUGGCUUCUGAAGCUUGGAGGUGGCCGAGUGAAGACCUGGAAGCGGCGCUGGUUCAUCUUGACAGACAAUUGCCUUUACUACUUUGAGUACACCACGGACAAGGAACCACGAGGCAUUAUUCCAUUGGAAAAUCUAAGUAUCCGUGAGGUGGAAGAUUCUAAGAAGCCGAACUGCUUUGAGCUGUAUAUCCCUGACAACAAGGACCAGGUCAUCAAAGCAUGUAAGACUGAGGCAGAUGGACGUGUGGUGGAAGGAAACCACACCGUGUACCGCAUCUCAGCGCCCACCACAGAGGAGAAGGACGAGUGGAUCAAAUGCAUCAAAGCUGCAAUCAGCCGGGACCCUUUCUACGAGAUGCUUGCUGCCCGCAAGAAGAAAGUUUCCUCCACCAAGCGGCAUUAGCCACCUCAUCCAACUGUGUGGUGGUGACAUUGGCAGGGGACGUCUCUCCAUCUCCUGAGGGUGGGGGACGAGAGGCUGCACCAGAUCGUCUGCUCUCUAUUGCUACCCUUGGGAGACCAGCUUCAGCUUUUGCUAUUCUUUUCCAGUUUGGGAGCAGGAAGAAGGGAAGGGGGCGCUAAGUCGAUGGCAGCCACCAACUUACCAACUUCUUUAUUGGGAAGAACGCCAGCUCCUUACCGUGGCAACUUGAAACCCACUGCGUCUUCUGCAGUCCAUGUGGCAGGAAGAGAAAAUGGUUGGAGUCUUUGGGGCUACCAUAGUUGAUUUGUCCAUUGCCUGAGCUAAUGGAGAGGUAGAGGGCAUUGUGCAGUACGCACCCCUAAGGGGAUGUAACUCUAUUUAAGCUGCAGUUGCUACUCUCUAAGGCCCAGCGCCAGGAAUGGACCAUGGAUUGUCAAAGGUACACAUCAACCUGUAGAGCAGACAGGCUAGCUCUGAAGCCUAGAGAUUCCAGAGGCACCCCGUAUUGCCUUUGCUCCUUAUGUGUAAUCAAGCAAGAUUGAUGGCUUCUUUCCCCCAAGUGAUUCAGCCAUGUGGUCUGUUAGGUAUGCUUAGCUGGGAUCCUCUCACUUUUUUAAAAAUUAAACAUAAGGGGAAUGAGCAACCAGGAUGUCAGCUCCAGUGCCUGGAUUAGUUGCCUAGUGCAAGGCUGCCCUCUCCAGGAUUUCCAUUGUCCUCGUUGUAGAGGACACAUACUUUAGGUUGUUCUUGUUGCUGCUGCAAGCCAGUGAAUAGGCUUGUAGAUUUGGGCAGGUGGAUCAUUGUAUGAUUUGUAUUGAUGCUUUGCAGGAAGAUUUUGCCAACAAUUUGUGGGGACUACCCUACUCAGCUGCUGACCGUGAAACCUUGGCCCUCUGUUUUAUUUAGCAUUGGAAUCAUGUCCCAGAAUAGCAGGGUUUAAGGGGGGAGAAAAAGACUUCCACUAAUAAGGAAGGGUAAAGCACACACCCUGAGCAUUAUGUUUCUGACCAGUCCUGUUGCAGUUGUUCUUUUCGGCAGGGAUGGGGUUGGGUGAGUUCAGAUGAGGUUGCCCUGGACCAGUGGAAGUAGUAGUCUUUAGCCCUGAGUGAAGCACAAGCAAAGGGUCGGAGAUUAGGGAUUUGGAGGGGGUGGCUUUGCUGGCUAAUGUUUGCAACAAGGUUGGUGGGGUGGGGUGGGGUGGGGUGGGAGAGCCACAAAGAAGGCUGUCUUCCCUUGCAAAAUUUUGUGGUGUUCUUGAUUCCUCACACAGUUCUCCAAGCUUCAACCCCACCUCACUAUCAGCCUAUUUAUCUGAGAUGUAGAUACUCUCUGUACAGGUUUCUUUCCCCUUGAGAUUAUUUUGUAUUUGUUUUAAAGAAGAUUGUUUUUGUGAAACAUGACAGGAUUCCUGCAUAUUGCUGUAGCACAAGGGGAAAAUGGGGAGAGAGUGGAAGAUACUCUAGGUCAAACAGCUGGGUUACAAUUUUGUUUUGAAUCUGUUUUUCAGGGCUGGUUUGGGAUUUUUUUCCCACAACUUUGUGACCUAGCACAGAGCACCUGCAGCAAAUAAACAUUGGACUCGCA